GCCGCGGCGGCUGAGUCGGUGGCGCCGGCGGCGGCGGCGGCAGCGGCAGCGGCGGCGGCGGCGGCGGCGGCUCCUCGGGCUCGAGCGGCGAGUUUCCGAUUUAAAGCGGAGCUGCGAGGAAAAUGGCGGCGGGCGGAUCAAAAUACUUGCUGAACAGAGGAGUCAGAGGCCAAUAAAAAUAUACCACGUGGAUGUCAUUUGACUCCUUAGCCAGCUGCUGAUGUGUAGUCACCAUGAGUGGGUUAGGAGAAAACGCCUUGGAUCCACUGGCCCCGGAUUCACGAAAACGCAAACUGCCAUGUGAUGCUCCUGGACAAGGUCUUACCUGCAGUGGUGAAAAGUGGAGACGGGAACAGGAGAGUAAAUAUAUUGAAGAAUUGGCCGAACUAAUAUCUGCUAAUCUCAGUGACAUUGACACUUUUAAUGUCAAACCAGAUAAAUGUGCAAUUUUAAAGGAAACAGUAAGACAGAUACGUCAAAUAAAAGAGCAAGGAAAAGCUAUUUCCAAUGAUGAUGAUGUUCAGAAAGCAGAUGUAUCUUCCACAGGACAAGGAGUUAUUGAUAAAGAUUCCCUAGGACCACUUUUACUUCAGGCAUUGGAUGGCUUCCUGUUUGUGGUUAAUCGUGAUGGAAACAUUGUAUUUGUGUCAGAAAAUGUUACACAGUACCUGCAAUAUAAGCAGGAGGACCUGGUCAACACAAGUGUCUACAGUAUCUUGCAUGAAGAAGACAGAAAGGAUUUUCUUAAAAACUUACCAAAAUCUACAGUUAAUGGAGUUGCUUGGACAAAUGAGACCCAGCGACAAAAAAGCCAUACGUUUAAUUGCCGUAUGUUGAUGAAAACACCUCAUGACAUUCUAGAAGAUAUAAAUCCGAGUCCUGAAAUGCGCCAGAGAUAUGAGACGAUGCAGUGCUUUGCCCUGUCUCAGCCACGAGCUAUGAUGGAGGAAGGGGAAGACUUGCAGUCCUGCAUGAUCUGUGUGGCACGCCGCAUCACUACAGGAGAAAGAGCGUUUCCAUCAAACCCCGAGAGCUUUAUUACUAGGCAUGAUCUUUCAGGCAAAGUUGUCAAUAUAGACACGAACUCACUGAGAUCCUCUAUGAGGCCUGGCUUUGAAGAUAUCAUCCGCAGGUGUAUCCAGAGAUUUUUUAGCCUUAACGAUGGGCAAUCAUGGUCCCAGAAACGGCACUAUCAAGAAGCCUAUAUCCAUGGCCAUGCAGAGACCCCUGUGUAUCGAUUCUCUUUGGCUGACGGAACCAUAGUGUCUGCACAGACAAAAAGCAAACUCUUCCGAAAUCCUGUUACCAAUGAUCGCCAUGGCUUUGUCUCAACUCACUUCCUUCAGCGGGAACAGAAUGGAUAUAGACCAAAUCCAAAUCCUGUGGGACAGAACAUUAGACCUCCAGCCCCUGGAUGUAACAGUUCAGUAAGUGGCAUGAACAUGUCACCCAGUCAAGGUUUCCAGAUGCUGAAUAGCAGAACCUAUGGCUUGCCUGACCCCAGCACCGCAGGGCAGAUGAGUGGAGCGAGGUAUGGGGCUUCCAGUAACAUCGCCUCAGUGAACCCGGGGCCCGGCAUGCAGUCCCCAUCUUCCUACCAGAAUAACAACUAUGGUCUGAACAUGAGCAGCCCCCCUCAUGGGAGUCCUGGUCUCGGCUCCAACCAGCAGAACAUCAUGAUUUCUCCGCGAAAUCGUGGGAGUCCGAAGAUGGCCUCGCAUCAGUUUUCCCCAGUUGCAGGUGUGCAUUCUCCCAUGGGAUCCUCUGGCAACACCGGGAACCUCAGCUUCUCGAGUAGCUCUCUCAGUGCCCUCCAAGCCAUCAGUGAGGGUGUGGGGACUUCUCUCCUAUCCACUCUGUCUUCACCAGGCCCCAAAUUGGAUAACUCUCCCAACAUGAAUAUUAAUCAACCAAGCAAAGUAAAUAGUCAGGAUUCUAAGAGUCCCCUUGGCUUGUACUGUGACCAGAACCCAGUAGAGAGUUCCUUGUGCCCAUCGAAUGGCAGGGAUCAUCUCGGUGACAAAGAAAGUAAGGAGAGCAGUGUCGAAGGGCCAGAGACUCCGAGGGGUCCCCUGGAGAGCAAAGGCCAUAAGAAACUACUGCAGUUACUUACCUGCUCUUCUGAUGACCGAGGCCAUUCCUCCUUGACCAACUCCCCUCUGGAUUCAAGUUGUAAAGACUCUUCUGUGAGCGUCACCAGCCCUUCUGGCGUCUCCUCUUCAACAUCUGGAGGCGUGUCUUCCACUUCGAACGUGCACGGGUCGCUGCUGCAGGAGAAGCACCGGAUUUUGCACAAGUUGCUGCAGAAUGGGAAUUCACCCGCCGAAGUCGCCAAGAUCACGGCAGAAGCCACCGGGAAGGACACCAGCAGCACUGCAGUGUCCUGUGGGGAGGGGGCCGUCAAGCAGGAGCAGCUAAGCCCGAAGAAGAAGGAGAAUAACGCACUGCUCAGGUAUCUGCUGGACAGGGAUGAACCCAGCGACACGCUCUCGAAGGAGCUGCAGCCCAAAGUGGAGGGUCUGGACAGCAAGCCGAGUUUAUGCAGUGGCCCCGCCAUUCCCAGCUCAAGCCAAGAGAAAGACUCUAAAAUUAAAACCGAGACACAUGAAGAGGGAACUGGAGACUUGGAUAAUCUAGAUGCUAUUCUUGGUGAUCUGACUAGUUCUGACUUUUACAAUAAUUCCGUACCUAUGAAUGGUAAUAAUCUGGCAACCAAGCAACAGAUGUUUCAAGGAACUAAUUCUCUAGGUCUGAGGAGCUCCCCGUCUGUGCAGCCUGUCCGUCCUCCGUACAGCCGAGCCGCGUCCCUUGAGAGCCCCGUUUCUGUUGGUUCCAGCCCUCCAGUAAAGAACAUCAAUGCUUUCCCCAUGUUGCCAAAGCAGACCAUGUUGGCUGGAAAUCCAAGGAUGAUGGAUAGUCAGGACAGUUAUGGCUCCAGUAUGGGUGGACCAAACAGAAACGUGACCAUGAAUCAGACUCCUCCCUCAGGAGACUGGGGCUUACCAAACUCGAAGACCAGCAGACUGGAAUCUGUGAGUUCCAAUUCCAUGGGAAGACCAGGAGCAGAUUAUAACGCACCCAGGCCUUCAAUGGGUGGUGCAAUGCCCACCUUGCCCCUUCGGUCCAAUAGCGUCCCGGGGGCAAGACCAACAUUACAGCAGCAGCAGCAGCAGCAACAGCAGCAGCAGCAGCAGCAACAGCAGCAGCAACAACAACAACAACAACAACAACAACAGCAGCAGCAGCAGCAGCAGCAGCAGCAGAUGCUUCAAAUGCGGCCUGGUGAGAUUCCCAUGGGAAUGGGGGUCAGUCCAUAUGGCCAAGGAGCUCCAUCUAACCAACCAGCUGCUUGGCCAGAUGGCAUGAUGUCCAUGGAGCAAGGCCUUCAUGGGGCUCAAAACAGACCACUCCUUAGGAAUUCCUUGGAUGAUCUGCUUGGUCCAUCUUCUAACCUGGAAGGCCAGAGUGAUGAGAGAGCAUUGUUAGACCAACUACAUACUCUCCUGAGCAACACGGAUGCCACAGGUCUGGAGGAAAUUGAUAGAGCUCUGGGCAUACCUGAACUUGUAAAUCAAGGACAAGCUCUGGAACCCAAACAGGAUGCUUUCCAAGGCCAGGACCCAGCAGUACUGAUGGAUCAGAAGGCAGCGUUAUAUGGGCAGACGUAUCCAACACAGGGGCCUCCGAUGCAAGGAGGCUUUAAUCUUCAGGGACAAUCACCAUCUUUUAACUCGAUGAUGAAUCAGAUGAACCAGCAAGGCAAUUUCCCUCUCCAGGGAAUGCACCCUCGGGCCAAUGUCAUGCGCCCCCGGACCAACACCCCCAAGCAGCUCAGAAUGCAGCUUCAGCAGAGGCUGCAGGGCCAGCAGUUUUUGAAUCAGAGCCGUCAGGCCCUUGAGAUGAAAAUGGAGAACCCCAACGCUGGUGGGGCGGCGGUGAUGAGGCCCAUGAUGCAGCCUCAGGUCAGCUCCCAGCAGGGUUUUCUUAAUGCUCAGAUGGUUGCCCAGCGCAGCAGAGAGCUGCUAAGCCAUCACUUCCGACAGCAGAGAGUUGCAAUGAUGAUGCAGCAGCAGCAGCAGCAGCAACAGACGCAGGCCUUCAGCCCACCCCCCAACGUGACUGCGUCCCCCAGUAUGGACGGGGUUUUGACAGGACCUGCGAUGCCACAAGCUCCACCCCAGCAGUUUCCAUAUCCACCGAAUUAUGGGAUGGGACAACAACCAGAUCCAGGCUUCGGUCGAGUCGCGAGUCCUCCCAAUGCAAUGAUGUCAUCAAGAAUGGGUCCAUCCCAGAACCCCAUGAUGCAGCACCCUCAGGCAGCAACCAUGUAUCAGUCCUCAGAGAUGAAGAGCUGGCCAUCAGGAAAUGUGGCCAGGAACAGCUCCUUCUCCCAGCAGCAGUUUGCCCACCAGGGCACCCCCGCGGCGUACAGCAUGGUGCACAUGAACGGCAGCACUGGCCCCCUGGGGCAGAUGGGCAUGAGUUCCAUGCCCAUGUCCGGAGUGCCUCUGGCUCCUGAUCAGAAAUACUGCUGACGUCUCCACAUGAGGAACUGCAGGGAAGUCACUGUACAAAUGACACUGCACUAGGAUGAUCAGAGUCACUGUUCCAGAUACUCAGCUUGGAAGGAUGGACCAGCUUUGAUAUCUGCCAAGGAUGGUUCAAGUGAUGUCCCUUGAGCAGGACUGGAAACCCAGCUGAAGCACAGUAUCGACCUGUGUCUCGUGGUGUUCGGAAAUAGUUCUGGCGUUCUGCCUCUUAGGGAUGUGAUUCUGGAGGUUCAGUGUGUUUCACUAAUCACUGAACUUCCCUUUGUCACUUCUUCUGUGCUUGGCUAUCCAGUCUUUGAAAUAAGUGCAGGUGGGCCAGAGAAUGUUGGAGAAGUUGAGAGAGAUGAAAACAUCAGGUUUCUCUAGUUGCAGUGUUGGAUGGGAAGCAGCCCUGGUCUCCUUUCUGUGUUUUUGUCACUGUCAAGUAGCUGUAUUGUCCCUGUCCCGUGGAUCUGGCGUUUCUGAGCUCUCUUCCUUUUUGUUCUACAGUUGCGGGAUUGCUCUGUCACUGUUUAUGGUGGUUUCGGGCUUUCUCUUAAUUAGCAUUUCCAUCUGCACCUAAUGCUCUAUAACACUUCACCUCCAGGAAUUGUUCUUGAUGUAAAUGACUUUGUAGAAGGGAAAACAAGAUGACAGUAUUUAAUUGCAGUAGUAGCAAUUUUUCACAAGCUAACGUGCAGCUGAGUGCACUUUAUUUAAAAAGUAAUGGAUAAAUGCAAUAUUCUGAGGUCUUGAGGAAUAGUGGAACCACAUUCCUGGUUUUUGUCUGAAUGAAUCUUGGACAAGAACUGCUUCGUUGCUGUUGAGAGUGCCGAGGUCACCCUUCGCCUAGAUGCUAGAGCAAUAAUGCUGUUUGAGAAUAAACUGCAGAAAAUCAAGGCCAGGUACUGCAUUCUGAAUCAGAAUUCCGCAGUGUUUCUGUGAAUAGUCUUCUCUUUUGUAAAUAGGACCAUUAAGAUAUUGUAUUAUGUAAAAUAUGUACAUACCAUUUUUUUUUUGUAGGUCACAGCAACUCAUUUUUACAGAGUUUGUGAAGCUGAAUAUUUAAUGUUGUUGAUUUCAGUAAGCUCAGCAUUGGUGAGGUUAUCCAUAUAAGUAACAUCCUUGAAUUUUAUGGUCUGGGGGAGGAGAGGGGCCACAGCUUUCUCCUCCCGUCUUAGAUGCCUGUUAAUCGCAAUGUUCUUAAAAAUAAUUUGUUUAGGUGUAGACAUUUGCAAUUUAAAAAAAAAAUUCCUCUACCAGAACUAAGCACUUUGUUAAUUUGGGGGAAAUAAUAGAUAUGGGCAAAUUACAAAAAAAAAAAAAAAGAAUUUUUAAAAAGAAUCCUGAAUUCUAAGCAGUCUCAAAGUUAAAUAGUAGUGAUUUGUGGCGUUCCCAAUUUGAGACAGGACCAUAUCUUUUGGUCCAGCUCAGGUGUGAGCCUUGUGUGUGUCAUAGGACCUGGCUUCUCUGAGACCCUGGGGGAUGAGGCUGAUGUACGGUUUCUAGUGGUCACUCAGUACCCAGUGCAGGGCCCGAAAGGGAUGUCUCUCCAUCUCUGAGUAACAGGAGGGCAUCCCUUAAGCCAUGUGGUCCCCUGAGCUUCGGGCUGAGGGCUGCUGCCCCUCUCUCUUCCGGUGACACUGGUUUGUUCGUUAGGUUCAAGCAGUAGGAUGAAAUUAGGUUUCUGGAAUAUCUAUGAAUUUCAUACAUUUCUGCUAGCCUUGGUGUCAUUUUCUAGCAAUAAUUGAGGUCCAGUUCAAUUAUUAUUACUAUUAUUUUUUUUAUUCACACCAUCGAUCUUUUUAGGUAUCUUUGAAGGUAAGAUCAUGUAAUUUCGGAGUUAACGGUUGUCUGGAACCUGGCAUUUGCAGAACCCCCACUAGAGUGCAUCUGACACUGUCUCUCCCCCCCUCGCUUGUUGAAAAGCAAAUUGAAGACUCAGUUCCUCAGCGCCCACCCUCCUGCCCGCAGACCCAGGGCCUGGGUCCCGCUGAGAAAGGGCCUGUGUGUAGUCACAGCUGUGUUGGGAGUGCCCGAAUCAUGUUGUCUGUGUGUGGAGAGAUGCAGAAUGGUGCUCUUCUUUACCUUUUUUGACUUUUAAAAGUUAAAAACUUUUGUGAUUCUUUUUCCUCAGCCCUGACUCCAGGCUGACUGGAAGGCAGCCACUCCCUUUUAUAUAAAAGUGAAGUUUAUUAAGUUUUUAUAUUUUCUACUUGUUCAUUUUAUUAGUGCAAAUUUAAGGUUUUGAUUUUACUUUCAAUAGAUACAGUCUUUGAGAUAAUUUCUCUCUAUUGCCCUUUAAAUCUUUGUACUUCUGCUGCCUACCUCUCCUUAGACCCUAACCCUUCACUACUUUUUAAAAACUUGGUAUCUGUUGGGUAAACAGUUUAAGUACUCUUUUCAUCUGCUUUUAGAAUGUGAGAUAUUUCCAGUACCUACUUUUUUGCUGAAUCCAAAGAUAUAUAAAUAUGAAUAUAUAUAUUUUAUAAAGAUCAAAGUGAAAUAAAGGAGAGAUUCAUGUUUCUCUCUUAAAAAAAACCACACUGUUAAUGUUCAUAUGAUGAUGCCACUUUUCUGAAUCGUGCGUCUUGAUGGAGAGGUGUAAAUACCAAGUCAACAGAACCGCUUAAUCAGUAUUUAAUAUCUAAGGCGAGUCGAGGGUAUAGGGGCGGGUGCUACGGAACAUCCUUAGCUUGCGCUCCUAGAGGUUCUGAGCCAGGAGUCAGUGCAUCUGGGGAGGCCACGGGACGUCCCUGCCAGUUCCCGCGGGGCCUGUCCAGGGUCCAGUCGGGGCCAGAGGCCUCCCUGCACCUCUGCUCAGGACUCAGCAGAGGCCGAUGCUUGGUCAUGGCAGGAUGUUUUCUCUUUUUCCACAAUGUAGAAUUUUGAAGUAGCUGGAAAUGUCAUUCUGAGAGCAAUAUUUAAAUUCUCAGGAAUUGACUGACAGUAUUGAGAAUGAAUUAAGUUUAAAAUCAAGUUUACAUUAAAUGUUUUAAGAAAAAUCUGAACUGUGUGGGGUGACUUAUGAGAGGGCUGGGUGGUGAGUACCGGCUGGCUGCCCGGCACUGUAAAUAAAGGUUUCUAUUUAAAACAGAAGCUCACACGCUCGUCUCUUUUUCCUCCUACCGCAGAUGCAGUCAGGGUAAAGAGGGGAGUGAGUGUUUUUCUCUCUGGGCGCUGGAAA